AUGGAAGAAGAGGAGGAGGCGAUAGGCUUUCUCGACAAGGUCCUGGAGGAUGAAGAUGUGUUUGUCUUGGAAGAGUGUGAUCUGGGGACCCCAACCAGCCCGGACUCGGGCUCCCCGUUCCUGGUGGCAGUGAAGGUGGAGGCAGGGAAAGGCCUGGAAAUGAGGAAGCUGGUCCUCUCAGGAUUCCUGGCCAGUGAAGAGAUCUAUAUCAACCAAUUGGAGGCAUUGCUGCUGCCCAUGAAGCCACUCAAGGCCACAGCCACCACCUCCCAGCCUGUGCUCACCAUCCAGCAGAUUGAGACCAUCUUCUACAAAAUUCAGGACAUCUAUGAGAUCCACAAGGAAUUCUAUGAUAACCUCUGCCCCAAAGUACAGCAGUGGGACAGCCAGGUCACCUUGGGCCACCUCUUCCAAAAACUGAAAGUAUGGAAUUGCUGGCCCUCGUGGUUUGCCUCUGGCCUGCUUGCUUCAGAUGUCUCACGAGGGUCCCUUGUGCUCUUCUCUCCUUCCUCUCUCCCCCAAACUCCCCACCCAGCACUGCUUUACAAGCCCAUCGACCGUGUCACGCGGAGCACCCUCGUCCUCCAUGAUCUCCUCAAGCACACCCCAGUAGACCAUCCUGACUACCCGUUACUCCAGGAUGCCCUGCGCAUCUCCCAGAACUUCCUGUCCAGCAUCAAUGAGGAUAUCGACCCCCGCCGGACUGCAGUCACUACCCCGAAAGGAGAGACCCGGCAGCUGGUGAAGGAUGGGUUCCUCGUGGAGAUGGCAGAGAGUUCAAGGAAGCUUCGACAUGUCUUCCUCUUCACAGAUGUCCUCCUGUGUGCCAAGCUGAAGAAGACAUCUGUGGGGAAACAUCAGCAGUAUGACUGCAAGUGGUACAUCCCACUGGCAGACCUGGUUUUCCCAUCCCCAGAGGAAUCAGAACCCAGCCCUCAAGUGCACCCCUUCCCAGACCAUGAACUGGAGGACAUGAAGAUGAAGAUUUCUGCCCUCAAGAGUGAAAUCCAGAAGGAGAGAGCCAGCAAAGGUCAGAGUCGAGCCAUUGAGAGGUUAAAGAAGAAAAUGUUUGAAAACGAGUUCUUACUGCUGCUGAAUUCCCCAACAAUACCCUUCCGUAUCCACAACCGCAAUGGAAAGAGCUACCUGUUCCUACUGUCUUCAGACUAUGAGAGGUCGGAGUGGAGAGAAGCAAUUCAGAAACUACAGAAGAAGGAUCUCCAGGCCUUUGUAUUGAGUUCAGUGGAGCUCCAAGUUCUUACAGGUUCCUGUUUCAAAUUGCGAACUGUUCAUAAUAUUCCCGUCACCAGCAAUAAAGAUGAUGAUGAGGCCCCAGGACUCUAUGGCUUCCUACAUGUCAUCGUCCACUCCGCCAAGGGGUUUAAGCAGUCUGCCAAUUUGUACUGUACGUUAGAAGUGGAUUCCUUCGGCUAUUUUGUCAGCAAAGCAAAAACAAGGGUAUUUCGGGACACAACGGAGCCCCAGUGGAAUGAGGAGUUCGAGAUCGAGCUGGAGGGCUCUCAGUCCCUGCGAAUUCUUUGCUAUGAGAAAUGCUAUGAUAAGACCAAGGUCAACAAGGACAACAAUGAGAUCGUGGACAAGAUCAUGGGCAAAGGACAGAUCCAGCUGGAUCCACAGACCGUGCAGACAAAGAACUGGCACAUGGAUGUGAUCGAGAUGAACGGGAUCAAGGUGGAAUUCUCCAUGAAAUUCACUAGCCGAGACAUGAGCCUGAAGCGGACCCCAUCCAAGAAGCAGACGGGAGUCUUUGGGGUGAAGAUUAGUGUCGUAACAAAGCGAGAGCGCUCCAAGGUGCCCUACAUCGUCCGACAAUGUGUGGAGGAGGUGGAGAAAAGAGGCAUUGAGGAAAUUGGAAUCUACCGGAUUUCAGGGGUGGCCACUGACAUCCAGGCACUGAAGGCUGUCUUUGAUGCCAACAAUAAGGAUGUUUUGGUGAUGUUGAGUGACAUGGACAUCAAUGCCAUCGCGGGGACCUUGAAGCUCUAUUUCCGGGAGCUCCCGGAGCCCCUCCUCACAGACAGACUCUACCCAGCCUUCAUGGAGGGCAUCGCGCUCUCGGAUCCUGCUGCCAAGGAAAACUGUAUGAUGCACCUUCUCCGUACUCUUCCCGACCCCAAUCUCAUCACUUUCCUCUUCUUGCUAGAACACUUGAAAAGGGUUGCUGAAAAGGAACCUAUCAACAAAAUGUCCCUUCACAAUCUGGCCACUGUGUUUGGCCCAACAUUACUGAGACCGUCCGAGGUAGAGAGCAAAGGACACCUGACCUCCGCCUCGGACAUCUGGUCUCACGAUGUCAUGGCGCAGGUCCAGGUCCUCCUCUAUUACCUGCAGCACCCCCCCAUCUCCUUUGCAGAGCUAAAACGGAACACACUGUACUUCUCCACGGACGUUUAGCACAGGCACGGGUGGCAUGGGGCCCACCAUGGGGGCACCGGCCCUCCCGGCUGGGCCCUGGGGCUCAGCACAGACUGAAAAACCAGUUGACCAACCACCCCAGCAAACUGAGAUGGAGCAAAGCAGACGCCAAGGGAACUGGAAUGUGUGCGUCUCCUGUGCAGCCUUGUACAAAGCUGGCCUCGUCCUCCCUCUCUGCCCCCUUGGCCCCGCUGUGCUUCUCCCUGCCCCUCUGUAUUUCUGCUCAUGUCUGAUGCCCCGUGGUGUUCAGGAGUUGUUUUAUGUAUAUUUGUCAUGCAGAAAAAGGUAGUGACUGACCCAGGCUGGGCACCCAGACAGCCUGCUUCGCGCUUUCAUUCCUCCGGCGUUUUCAUUCCUUCCGAGUCUAAAUGCAAAGGUUUUGAGUUUGCUCUGUGUGACUUCUGCCAAGUUGCCCUCUCCUGGCACCACUCCCAGACUACAGGCUCCUAGGAGCUCUCCUCUUUGCUUCCUUCUCCCAACUCCUACCCCAAUCCCCUGCAUGUGAAGCCUCAGCUCGGCUCUGCUCGCCUGGGAGAUCUCUCCAAGGAGGUGCCGUGUUCGACUUUGCCUUGAUGCCAGGGGCGAUGUUGGACCAUGAGAUGGAGCUGCGCCAAUCCCCAAGCUCCAAGCAAGGGCCCAGAGAUGACUCUGGGAGGUGCCACUUGAGCAUCUCUGUUCCUGGGGGUGGAGUAUAAGGUUCCUUCCUCGAUCCCGUUCCUUACUUUACAAGCCCAUCUCCAGGAGGAAUCUUGGGUUUUUCUCCCUCGGGUUUCAGUUCCUUUCUCCCUCAUAUUCAACUUCCUUUGUGUGCAGAGACUCGUGGUGGGUGAUUUGCUGUCCAUCCAGAGGGUUUGGGGGAAUCUUCACACAAGAGGGUGUAUGUGACCUUGGGCAUGUCAAUUCUCCCCUAAUCCUCAAGUUUCCUCAUCUGCCAAAUGCAGGACCUGGACUAGAAAACCUUGAGGCCCUUCCUAUCCUCUAAGUAUCCUAUCCUGGGGGAAGAGGAGAAUUUGGGCCACUUCUCCCCAUUUUUGUUCAUAGGUUGGAAAGUGAGAGGUACCGAGUAUGGCACUGGGGGUCCUGAGAAAGGGGAGAGGUGGAAGGUGGGGCUGGAGAGGCAGCUCUGAACAAAGGACUAGCAACUAUUGUCCCUCUGGAGCUUGUCUUCCUGGAGGCAACAAAAAGGCCCAGAAAAGGAGGCAGCCUUCAGCUGUAGGGGAGUAGAGGCCCUUGGAACCCCUGUUGAACCUCCUCAGUACCUUUGCCUUAGACCUGUGAGCUCUGCAGCCAGGCACUGCCACAGGGUAGCCCCUUGUGCCCUCAGGGAGAUCCAGUAGGAUCUCAGAAGUCCCCUUCUCCCCUGAGUCCUUAACUCCCACCCUAGCGAGCAGUAGGUCAAUCACAGUACUGGCCUCCUUUUCUGCCUUGCCAGAGUCCCUGGGGGAGGCACAGCUCGAGGCCUGGGCACUUUAGCUGGCCUCCAUGGUGCUGUCCUUUGAGAUGCCACUUCUCCUUCCCACCCAGCUAGAGGAAGCGAGUGAUCUGGUCUCUCGGAGGGCUGCUCUUAGCCAGUUCUUGCAGGGGACCAAUUUGCACUCCCCAGCCAAACACCGACAUCUCCAGCAUGACUGGAGCACGAGUGAAGAGGAAGUUGGAUUCUGGGAAGAGGAGGGAAGCUCCCAAAUCUGAACCCUUGGGCUUCAGACGAGGCGGCACAUCCCAGUGAGUUUUCCAUCCAUGCAAUGAUUACAUGAUAUAGUCAGCUUAUAAAAGUGUGGCUCCCUGGGCAUUUGAAGGCAUUCCGAAGAUUGACACCAGUUUAUUCCUGGGCCUGCCUUGCCUGGCUGGUGCCCAGGAACAAAUUUUGAUUGAAGGCUUCCGGAAGAUGCCAGCCCCUUUGGUGAGAAGCAGCGCCCUCUCUGGUCACCCCUUUCUCCGGUGGCCAGGACCUGGAUCUAGCCAUGCUCUGGCAAUGUCAGAGAGGAAAAUGGUGACAGAGGGACCCUCCCCCAGCAGUAGAGCUACACCUGCAGGGAAAGGCCUCUCUCCUAGGAUGUCAGAUGAAAAGAGGAAACACCCAAGUCCAAAGGCCUUGGCACGCCAGUUGGCCUCCUGCACUAUGGACCCUUUCUUUGGCUUCCAAAUCUAGUCAAAGGAUUGGAUGGCAAGCUUGACGGGGGCUGGCAGCAGCUGAAGAGAGUCCUCUCCCCUGGCCCCUCUACCUAGAAGCCAAGGGAGAAAGAGAAGCAACUUCUGACUUCUUAGGGAGGCAGCUGCUGCCACCCUGAGCCCUGCAGAGGAGAAGGGAGAGUGGGAGAAAAGUAGAGGCUAGGCAGAAGGAGAAAAGAUAUUCAAUCCCGAUAGAUUUCCAGACCCACAAUGGAAAGAAGGUACUAAGCCAGGACAAAGCUGUACAGGAGAGAUCCUUUGGCUUCCCAAGGUAGGGAGCCACAGGAACCAGGUGCCCAGAAAACAGGCUCCGGCUAUCCUCCCGCCCUCCAUGCCACCUUGCCCUCAUCUGUGCAGGGCCUAGGAGACUUGGAGAGUUGUGUGGAUACAGGUAGGAUAGGACUGACUGUUCAUUAAUAAUUUUACUUUAAUAAGUUGGUAAGGAUAUAUUUUUUUGUCUGUGUUGUUUCAAUUAUGUAGAUUAUUAUAAAUGGAUGUAAACCCUGUGAGAGGAAAAUGUUAAUAAAAAUGCAAAGCCCCAAUGUUUGCACAAAACAG